AGUCAGCUGAGCCUGAAGGGGCGUGGCGGAGACAUGCUUGCUAGCGCAUAGGCCGAUAAUUCUGUUAACUGUUGAGUUGAUGUGCAGAUGAGCCGAUUGACACAUCAUCGGAACCGCUCACUGACAGACUGACCGAGCCUUUGCAGACGGGGAUGUACUGAAAACAGCGUGUUGAUCUCCUCUAAGUAACAGUUUGGCAGUGUCCCUCUCACAGUGCAGUGUCUCUGUUUUCUAACCACUGUGAACUGAAGCUGAAAUGCGAACGUAGCUGUUAGCAAGCGAGCCAGGCCGUGGAGAGCUGGCUGGCUGUAUCCUUCACACAGACGGGAGCAUAAAUGUUUCACACAGCCCUGUCUGACGAGUCUGUCGAAGCCGGAGAAGAUGCGCAAAGACGUGAGGAUACUACUGGUGGGAGAGCGUAAGUAAAGCUUGGGAUGGUCUGAGGGGUCGUCUGCAGGUUUGAGUGUUCACGGAUGCUACCAGCUUCAGCAUGUGAUGCUGCUGACAGACAGACCAGGGUCUCAUAGUGAUGGUUUUGGUUCAACUCUGAAGUUGAAGCAGGAUUUCUGUGAUUCUGUUUGAAGGAUGACUUAUUGUUGUGCAGCAAGAAAUCCUAUUAAAGUCAGACAAGUGCAAUUAAAUAGAUUAGUUAUUUUAUGCUCUAUAUAAGAUAUUAUUCACACUGGCCAUUUACUGUACUGUUUCUUACGGUGGCCGAGAACUGCCACUGCUACAAAUAAAAAAGAAUGCAAAAAAAAAAAAAAAGAAGUCACAGCAGAAGUUACUGGUGCAGAAAAAUAAAAAAGCCCACUGUAAAUAAUAAUAAAAAAAAAUAGUGCAGAUAAAAAAAAAUUUUUUUAAGCCACAACGGAAGUAAACAACACAAAAAAAGUGGUGGUGGAAAAAAAAGUUACUUACUGCGAAAAUGAAAGGAUACAAUUAAAAAAAGCCAUAACGGCUGCAAAUUAAAAAAAAAAAAGCGUGCAGAUUAAAAAAAAGCCACAACGGAAGUUAACAACUCAAAAAAAAGUGGCAUGGAAAAAAAAAGUUACUAACUCCAGAAAUAAAAUGAUGCAAAUAAAAAAAAGCCACAAUGGAAGUUACUGACACAAGAAAAAAGAGACCUAAGCCCACUGCUAAAAAAACAGAACAAAAAAAAAACUGUGCAGAUAAAAAAAAAGCCACAAUAGAAGGUAACAACGCAAAAAAAAAGUGGUGAUGGGGAAAAAAAAGUUACUUACAUGUUUUUUUUUUUUUUUUUGCAUUGUCACUUUUUUUUUGCUUUGGUUACCUCCAUUGUGACUUCUUUUUUUUAAUUGCAUUCUUUUUUUAUCUGCAGCAGUGGCAGUUCUCAGCCAUCGUUGUUUCUCAAUAUUUCGUCAUUAAAUUUUCUGUAAUAUUGAAAUCAAGUAGGUAAAUUCCCAACAGAUUCCCCUGAAUUUACCUCCGUGACACAGGGUCCUAUUUUUGUAGGUUUCUGGCUUAUUAAACUGCAAGUUAAAAAUACUCUGCGAUGUCCAUUAUGCAGAAUCUGUGUCACUGUCAUGUGGCCUGAACAGCUCCACCACAACAUGAGUCUAACCAUGUUAAAAUGUUCCUUAAAUGUUAUUAUGGACUGUAAUGAGGCUGUGCAGAUUCAUCCACAGGAGGAUCCGUUUCUGUACUCACUUCUCUUGUCUGUCUCUCUUAACAGCCAAAGUGGGCAAGACGUCUCUCAUCAUGUCCCUGGUCAGCGAGGAAUUCCCAGAAGUGGUAUGGAUAUAUUUUAAAAAGUAUAAAUUUGAUGCUCUUUUUUUGACCAAUGAGAAUCAAGUAUUUAACACAGCCAGGUAACACAGCUCUCCAUCAGCUGUAAACAUAUCUCACAGUUCUGUUAUUCUGCUCCUAGGUUCCCUACCGAGCUGAGGAAAUCACCAUACCUGCAGAUGUGACACCAGAGAGAGUUCCCACACACAUUGUGGAUUAUUCAGGUACUUCUUUGUUUGAAAACUUCCUCCAAUUGUUUUAUAUUUUACUCAAACCAGUGCUGUAAACUUGAUAAACAAGUAUCAAACUUGUCUUUAAAUUGAGAAAAGUAAAUCUUUUUUUGUUUUAAUUGUUGUACUCUUGUCAUUCUUGCACAGAGGCGGAGCAGACAGAUGAGCAGCUGUUUCAGGAGAUCUCUAAGGUCAGUCAGAGUUUGAAGCUUUUCUGUUAACAUUCAAAGAUGUGCUGAGUUAAGGGAAAAAGCCUAAUGGACUGUCUGUGACGCUCUCUCACAUAGGCAAAUGUGAUUUGCAUUGUCUACUCAGUCAACAGCAAAAAGUCAAUCGAGAAGGUGAGCCACCUCCGCUGGUAUCAUUUCCAUAUUUUGUUUGUUUAACAUGUUAACACUAUCACUUGUGUAAAUAAAGAGCUGUCUCUCGAAACGUGGAUGUUAUUAAAUGAUUCAUCUUUGCACCGUCUGUUUUCACUCAGGUUACCAGCCACUGGAUUCCCCUCAUUAUUGAGAACACAGACAAGGACAGCAGGUAUGAACCUGUGUGGAAGGAAAAAAAAGACUGUUUGUUUGAGUUUGUCUACCUGCAAAAAGAGGUUUUCUUUUUUAGUAACAAAAAGUCAUUCAUGGAAGUCUGUAACUUGGAAAAGAUGAGUUAUCCUCACAGGGUGGAAAAGUGAACUCAGCCUUCAGGAGAGCAGGAUUUUAAAUGUAAAAGAAGUCCUUGCAAGUAACAUCUGCUAAAUUCUGUGUUAUAUCUAUUCGUAUGAAUAAUUUCCAGGGUUCCUCUGAUCCUGGUGGGGAACAAAUCUGAUCUGGUGGAGCACAGCAGCAUGGAGACCAUUCUGCCCAUCAUGAACCAGUACAGUGAGAUAGAGACUUGUGUUGAGGUGAGAGAAACGGACUUUUCUAUGAAGCAUUGAAUGGUUUUGGUUUGGUCCCCUAGACAGCGUCAUUGAUUAUUACAGCAGACAACAGACAGCACAGGUAUGUUGCUUAAGCUCUAUAGGGGAAGUAAACGUAAAUGGAAAUCAAUAACUUCUCCUCGUGCCACUGUUUGAACAGAUAAGGAAGAUUCAUGACCUGUUCUCAAAUAAUCCAGAGUGUAUAUUGUAGAGGAAAAAACGAUCAAAACCAAACAAGCGAAUGAAUACAGGUCUGAGUUUUAAUAUUCUCCUUCUGCAGCUUUACAAAAGUUGAUUUGUUCGUCAAUAAGGGGGAAAGCUAACUGCAAAAUAUUCUUGAUUUUGAUCAGUUUAAGUUAUUUUUAAGAGAAUAUGUGAGUUAUUUCCAGUUUCUUGAACCUUGGGAUUAGCUGCCUUUCUGUAUUAUUUAUGACAGACUCUAGUUUCUGGUUUAUAAAGUGGACUAAAAUAUGAAGAUGUUCCUCUGAACUCUAAAAUGACAGUGUGCAUUUUUCUACUAUUUUUGUUUGACACUAAAAGACCUAAUUACUAAUCCUUAAAAGAAUCAGAGGAUUAAUCCAUAAUAGCAUUAACUGUCACUUGGCGACCUGGCUCACUGAUAGCAUGUUGAAGCCUUGUUGUAUGUUUAUGAUCCUCUCCAUCAACCAAAGCUGAAGACUUGUUUCUUAUUACUAAAGCUUUCAAAGUUCACACUGUGAGGGACGUGUGGAUAAGCAGGCUGUGCCGACAUUUUCUACAAGUUCUCACUAAUGCAUAUUAGAAAAGGGGACUUAGGUGUAAUCCUCAGUUGAACGCAGUGAGAUGUUGAACUAGUGAACUCUUGAGGUCUGCAGCUUAUAGAUAAUCUAUAUCUCCUUACAGGGCUGUACCUGUGAUUUUUCAGACCGGUUAAUGAGAUGGGCUUGUUGCUCAGACAGAUCCUGUGUGUUAAUACCCUGUCUGGCCAUGACUUAACUAACACACACUCACACACCUGUACACAGUAUAUAAAGACAUAUACACACAGAAACUCACGUAGAUGAACUCAGACAGGUAGGUAAACAAAGAUUGGCCCGACUUUGCAUCACGUCUCGGCUUGUGCCAGUGUUGUAAAGGUGUAAAGGUUUCUGUUUGGAUCAAGAUAGAAGUUACACUUAGGGCUGGGUGAUAUGGGGAAAAAGUUUAUCAUGAUAUAUUUUUUUUCAUAUCAGUCGAUAUUUAUGUAUAAUAAUAAUAAUAAAUGUAUUUGUAUAGCACUUUUAAAAACAGAAGUUUACAAAGUGCUUUGACAUGUAGUCACAUGUAGAAAAAAGACAUAAAAACAAAACGCUCAGUUAAAACGAAUUGAAGGUUAUUUUCCUGUCAUAAGGAACCCAGACAAUACAAGAACCAUGCAACAUAAAAUGAGACCAUGUGGACCAAAAUAAAAACAUAAAGUAGUUAAGAAAAAAGAAAAUGCAAUUAAAAGGGGGGUCAAAAGCAGAAACAGAAUAGUAAAUAUAAAGGGCAAUAUCAACAAUGAUAAUAAAAUAAUAACAGGUAGCACUGAUAAUAAUAGUAAUGAUAAAAUAGAGCAACAGAAAUGAGCAAGAGAUAAAACAAUAAAAGGCCUAAAAGGUUAGUUAAGAAAAGAGUACAAGUAUAACAAAAGCUAAAAAGACAGUAAAGCCGAAAUAAGAUAGAGGUAAAAGAGAUAAAAGAUAAAAGACGAUAUGAAAAAAUCACUCAUAAAUGUUAAAUGUUUCCUGUUACUCUUAUAUGAAAUUUAAGUGCUUAUUGGUCGCAUGUCUUUUGCAAUAAAAUAAGUUACUGCAUCUGUGAGGUCUUUGUGUCUCUUUAAUGUUUUGUCAGAAGGCGUUGCACUAGAGAAAGUGGAGUGAAUGGUCAGUUCAGCAAACUGGAGCAACUCCCCUUUUCAUUGGUUAUUCUUAUAGUCUACCAAAACAUUGGAGAAUGCCGGCUAUCAAAAAUCAUAUUGACCGUGUUUCAUAUCGAUAUCGAGGGAAAUUAAUUUUUGAUAUACUGUAUAUCAUUAUUGUUUUAUCGCCCAGCCCUAGUCGCACUACAUGUUUGGGUGAAUUAACCCCUUUUCCCCUUUUUUCUUCUCUUGUUCUUUUUCAAGUGUUCAGCAAAAAACCUGAAGAACAUCUCAGAGCUGUUCUACUAUGCUCAAAAAGCAGUUCUGCACCCCACAGGACCUCUCUAUUGCCCCGAGAAGAAAAAUGUAAGAGUGAAAAUCUUACCAUGUUUACUUACAUCUGGAGUGUCUGGUAUCUUUAUUGCUUUAGUUAUAUUUUGGAGAACUGUCAUUCUACAUCUACAAUCUUCUAUGUGUGGUUUUUCAUUUCCCGCUGUGAUUUCCAGAUGAAGUUACUUUGUGUAAAAGCUCUGACCCGGAUCUUCAAAAUUUCUGACCUGGACAAUGACGGGAUUCUGAACGAUCAUGAACUUAACUUCUUCCAGGUGAGUCAAAUCACGCCUAAUAACCCCGCAUAGUUGGAUUAAAAGUUUUAGAGCUUUUCUUUGAAUGCCAGGUUUGGCUUUCUCAUCAAAGGCUUCUGUGUCUGAUUUCUCACAGCGGACGUGCUUCAACACCCCACUUGAGCCUCAGGCGUUGGAGGAUGUAAAAAAUGUGGUGCGGAAGAACAUGAGUGAUGGUGUUUGUGACAACGGACUCACUCUGAAAGGUGGGAGUGGAUUGAUGGGCCUUCUCCACCCCUGUGUAUACAAUCAUCACUUCUUCACUUGACUGAUGUUUUAAUGAUAUUUCUCCUCAGGCUUCUUGUUCCUCCACACCCUUUUUAUCCAGCGAGGACGCCAUGAAACAACGUGGACAGUGCUAAGGAGGUUUGGAUACGACGACGACCUGGAGUUAAAUCAGGACUACCUCUUCCCUUCGUAAGUCUCGACCUCCUCCUUCUAUAAACCGGUUUCGGUGUUUACAGAUCAAGCUCACACAUGUUUGCUUUGCGCUCCACACGAGUGCCUUGACAUUAAUAUUAACCUUGCGAUGUUUUUCUUAGGUUAAAAAUUCCUCCAGACUGCACCACGGAGCUCAACCACAAUGCCUACCUCUUCCUCCAGAGCGUCUUUGACAAACAUGACAAGGUAUAAUCUGUGCGCCUGCUUCUGUUUUAACUUGAGCCUCUGACCCGCCGAGGCCUUUACAAAAAGCUAAUCAGUUACAAAACCAGAAUACAUUGGCACAGUUAGGGCCGACUGCCCGCUGAGACCUGAUUUAACUCCUUGUCUGUGAGGAGGGAUUGUCAGGAGAAUUAGCUACGAGGUUAGAGUGAAAGCCAAAGUGGCAGCUAGGGCCAGGAUCUGCUUUCUGUCCGAGUGAUUAGAGUCCGACGGUGAAUGUAUGCUUCAGAGUAUCCUGUUAACCUCCUCAGCUAGAAAUGACCGGAAGCAGUUUCACUCACAACUAAUCUUUAAAACCCGGUCGGAAAUAAUUCCUGCCCUUAAUACCAAAUGUGAGAAAAACAGCAGAACGGCGCUGCGAAGGACAAGAAACUUCAGGUUUCAUUACACAUCUAAAGACAUAUCUAUUUCAUUCAACAACCCUCUCUUCGCCACUUGGUCUCUUAGCUCUGACUCAAUUUGUGGCUCGGACAGGAAGCCGCUGUCAUAAAUCCUCUAUUGCCCAGUAUGAAGGCCCUGAAAAGAGGGCUGUUGCUUCCAGACGCCGUAUUGUUGUCAGAUGAAAAUGAUUGAAUUUUUCUUCCCUCCUGUUUCGUCACCCUCAGGACCGUGACUGUGCCUUGUCACCAGAGGAGCUGAGAGACCUGUUUGAUGUUUUUCCCUACAUGCCCUGGGGUCCAGAUGUCAAUAACACAGUUUGCACUAAUGAACAAGGAUGGAUCACAUACCAGGGAUAUCUGUCCCAGUGGACGUAAGUAACUGUUAAUUGUAUUAAACAAAACAACAACAAUAUUAAUAGGGUGGUCCCAAUAUGAUACUGAUAUCGGAUUAUAUCAGCCUGGAUCUAAAACUCUGAUACCAGUACUCCGAUACAAGCGGCCCAUUCCAGACUCCGCUCCAGCACCUCUAUCCAGCAGCGCCCGGUUCCAGCAUGUAGAGCCCAUGUAAUCACAACAACAGUGUGUACUUAGGUACUAACACAGUAGCAAGGAGUAGGAGUGAUGUCGGCAGUAUUUUUUGUUAAAGCCCGAAAAAGACAUUGCAGCUAAGUGCAAAACUUGUCAUGCACAAGUUUGUCCCAAUAUCGGAUCAAUAUCGGUAUCAACCGAUACUGAAGGCUACAAUAUCGGUAUCAUAUCAGAAGUUAGGGACACCCCUAAAUAACAACACUAGCAUAAAUAAAAUCAUUAUUUUCCUCUUAGUAGCUAAAUAUCAAUAGAACUGGUUUUGACCACCAAAAGUACAUCUAGCCAUAUAAUUUAGAAAAGAGGCCACACUCACGGUCAUGUUUUUCAAUAACAAUCGCUGAUUGAAAAUUAACAAUAGAACUAUAAUUAAUUGAAAGAGUAUUUUAGGAUUUAUUGUAAGUUGUUUGCAGAGACCAGGGUCUCUGUUUGCAGAUCCUGCUGAAGACCCCAGGCCUUUAUUUGAAGCAGGCUUGUAUCAGGGGCAGGCCUUUGUAUUAAAUUCUCGGUCUGAAGAGUGUAAUUAUUCACACAUGUUAGUACAAAAGGAUCGAGUGUGUGUAAAUGUACAAACAAAACAAAACAUAGUCUGAUUCACAAAGCAUGUGCAAAGUGUACAACUGCACUGCCGAACAAACAGUGUUUCUAUGUGCCAGUGUUGUUUACAUACAUUUAAAUGAGCCGUUAUGGAUUCAUUUAGAGAAAGUAGACCCCUCUCUAUUCAAUGAGACUGACUGCAAAGAGAGACAUUUUUCCAUCUGUUAUUAGCAGAUCAUUAAAAGUUUUGUCACGCUUAAAAUCUUCAGUGAUGAUGACAAAGAUUCACCUCCCGAUGACAUAGAAAUACUAUAUCUGUACAUGAAGUCUGUUGAUACAAAUCUGUACAUGAAGUCUGUUGAUACAACUCAGACACGACUAUAUUGAUAUUAAGGUGCCAGCGCACACAACAAACUGUUUUUUUUUAACGAGCUGUUUUUGGACAAAAUUUGUGUCACAUUGCUCAUGAAUCUACCUUUGAAUGAAAUGGUUAAGACUUUCCUUUCCAUUCAGGUCAUUGUGGACCGAAUUUAGCACCAUUAGGAUGAGCUUGCCUUGCACAGCCUGGCCAGUACUUGGCAACUGGUCUUUAUUCACUCACGUGAAAUUAAGGACAUGAUCCUGGCUUUGAUUAAGGGCCCAUUUGCUGAUUAAAUACUGGUCUUUAUUUGUGAGUUUUAAAAAAUCCACAAAAAAAAACUUUUAACCAUGUACUGCUUUAUACAUUUUUUUGUUUCAGGUUAACAACAUAUCUGGAUGUCCAGAGAUGUUUGGAGUAUUUGGGUUACCUUGGUUACUCGAUAGUUGCUGAGCAGGAGUCCCAAGCAGCAGGAGUUACAGGUGAUUCAGAGCACAUGAUCUUUUCCAGGCUGAUAUUUAGAUAAACUUGAGCUCUAGGCACAGUCAAACUUAAUUUUGUUGUUGCCUACGAGGGAAAAUGGCUUAAUUUUAAGUGUGAUGAAGUUUUCAUACAGAUUUAUGAGUCAUAAUGUCACUGUUAUACUCAGCGGUGGUGCUAUCUGUAAUUACACCAGUAAAUCAAUCCUCUCAUUACACUGGUGAUGCAACAGUUCAGGAAGAACGUUGUUGUUUACUGACAGCAGCAGCCGUGUGUUGUGCACGCUGAACCUCACAAGUAUGUUUCGCUCCCUGCAGUGACCAGAGCUAAGAAGAUUGACCUGCAGAAGAAACAGACCCAGCGCAGCGUUUUCCGUUGCAACGUCUUUGGAGAUAUUGGCAGCGGCAAGAGCGGCUUCCUUCAAGCCUUUCUUGGAAGCAACCUCAUGGUAUUUAACAUAUGAUCAUGCAUAUUGAACACGUGCAAUACGUUUAAAUGCAAAGGCUGCCCACAUAGAUAUUUAACGGUGUCCUGGAUAUAAGAGGAAAAUGUAAACUUUAAAUCAAACAGCUUUAUUUAUAUAGCAGCAAAUCAUUACAAAAUGAGUCUGAACACAUUCUACUCUGAGAACAGGUCUAGACUCUACGACACAAAUACAAUGUGAGGAGGAGCACUUGGCAUUACAAGAAAAAAUCCUUUUAAAGAGACAGAAACCUCAAACAGAGCCAGGCUCAUGGCAAACGGCCACCUGGCACUAAAUGGACCAAGUUAGAUUAAUACAUGGAGGGGUAAAAAGACAGUGAUGAAAACAGACUCCAAUAAUCAAUUUAUGGUUACAGUGCCAAUAAUAAAAGCAGAAACACACCAAAUAUUAUCAAUAACAACGAGAAUAAUGACAAUAGUUGAGUGGAUGACACUUAAUGCUGCAAUUAUUACUAUUAAAACGGGUUAUAGGAACUGUAAGUCUGCAACAACUAUCCAAUAAUCUACAUUUAGAAAUAGGGUUUUAUAUUCUUUUCUAUGUUGUUUUGUCGUAUUAUUAUCUAUUUUAUAUUCUAUAUUACAAUCAACAAGGAAUCCGUGCAGAGAAGAUAUUAUAGGAGAUGUAGGAUCUCUUCUUUUUAGUCCUUUCCUUUACACAUGCUGCAGAACCUUGGACCAGCUGAAGAGUUAAUGAGACUUAUUAGAGCAGCCUAAUAGUAGGGCAUUGGAAUAAUGUAAUUUGGACUUAACAAAUGCAUGGCCUUGAUUUUCUGUUGUGGGACAGGAUGUCGAGGGACAUAUCCUGGUCCAACAGAGCUUCAGCAAUGCCAGGCUGAUGUCAUCCUGCACAGUUAGUCAUUGGGAACACAUUUCAUGGAUGUUUCGGCACAAGAACUUCAUGUUAGUCUGCUUGAAGUGGCAGAAAAUCGUUGGCCAUGUAGCUGUGAGGUCCUCAUCAUAUGGCUUAUUGCAAAUUAUAACUGAGUGUCACCUGCACAACAAUAAACAUUUAUGGAAUUUAAUAUAUGUAUGUGAGGCAUAUAUAAAAGGAAAUAACUGGUAUGAAGAGGACUUCUUUGUUUAUAUGGCCAAAUUGAUUGAGGCACAUUUUCUUGGAUAUAUGGGAUUAACAUAUAUACAUAUAUACAUAUAAACUAUGGACCAGUUUACAUAGACAUGUUCUCCUAAGCCUCAUGUCAUGAUCUGUUUUGUUAUUUGUCAUUUCGUCUUUCUCCGUAGCGCCAAAAAACGAUUAAAGAAGAGCACAGAUCCUACUACGCUAUCAGCACAACAUAUGUUUAUGGCCAGGAGAAAUACCUUCUUGUAAGUAUCAGAACUUUUGUUAUUAUUUGGAUAUACUUGAAUAUGCCGUUUCCAUAUUCAUAGUAAUUGAUUAUUAUUGCUAUUAUUUUAGAUGAUUAUUUUUUUUAUUUAUGUAUUUAUUAUCUAUUGUUCAGUAAUUUGUUGGUUCAAUUUAUGUUUUAAUUUUUUUUAAUUUUAUUUAUUUAUUAGAACAUUUUCUUUAUUUACCUCUUCUGCAUUAUUCAUAUUUUCAUUAUUAUUUUCAUUACUGCCAUAUGUUUAAAUUGUUGGAUGUUGUUGUGUGAAUACAAAUAAAGAUGUGUUUUAAAAAGAUAUAUAAAUGUUGUUUCGAAGGCAAGCUUCACGGGGGCUCAGACCAUUAUAUUUAGCACCGCAUUGUUAGUGAAGUUGUCGGCUGUGAGGUCGGCCCAGCCUCAGGUUGGCUGCACUUACCUGGCUGUUGAAAUAAGCUUCUUAUCAUGUUCACCUUACUGCUAUUGUUGAGGAAGCAUUUCCACUUACUUUACAAUAGGAUUAGAAAUCACUGCCUGGGAAACGAAAGCGUGGCUUGUUGUGUGUGGUUGAGGAGUCUAUAUGCUGUCUGAUGGACGUAGAUGUAGCAGCGUGUGUUUUGUGUCAUUGCAUUCACAGAAAAUCCUUAAAAAAGGCUACUUUUAGACAGCCACGUUUAGUAAAUAAACAACUGAUUAAUUUCCAUCCAUGUUUAAAUAUUGUGUUUUUGGCUCCAACACACGGCGCUUUGAUUGCUCCCUAUUUUGCUGAAAUUCUCUCUUUUCUCCUUGAAUCCACUUUGAAACAGUCGCCAGCACCACAGCUCUGUUUCUGUCAGCGCUCAUAGAAAGAUAACUGGACAGAAAUUCUGCUCUGAUGCCUCGGUUUUGUUCGCUCUUUAUAACCACUGGGACUCAUCUGGCUUCUAAACAAGCGAAACAGCAGCUAUGCUCAGAAACGGUUAAACCCUUUUGGUGAAUCUCCUCUCCUCUCCCUCCAUUUAUCUCUUCAGCUUCAUGAAGUGUUCCCGGACUUUGACUACCUGUCUGAUGCUGAUCUGGCCUGUGACAUUGUCUGCCUGGUCUAUGAUGUCAGCAACCCCUACUCCUUCGAAUAUUGCGCCAAAGUUUUCAAGGUAAAUCCGUCAAACAAUCAAAGGAAAUGUAAUUUGAGAAGGAUUAUCACUCACCACCCUGUCUUUACCUCAUCAGCAAUACUUCAUGGACAGCAAGACUCCAUGUAUGAUGAUAGCAGCAAAGUCUGACCUGCAGGAGGCCAAACAGAUGUACAGCUGCACUCCACUGGAGUUCUGCAGGAGGCACAAAAUGCCACCCCCUCAAUACUUCACCUGUAACACUACAGCAGCACCCAGCAGAGACAUCUACACCAAGCUCACCACAAUGGCCAUGUACCCGUAAGUACUGAGACACCUAGUUCCUGAUUUACCAAGGUUAAUGAAUGACAUGUACAUCCCAUCAAAUGUUGGCGUGCAUUUCGCAUAAAUGACAAAGAGUGGGGAGAAGGCAGUGGCUUUCAAAUGAAGGUUUGACUGGAUUACGCCAUAGACUGUAUAUACUAUGGACAACUUGGUUCCGCCUUCCGCUCGUAUACGGAUUUGAAGCCUAAAAGCUCUCAGUACUUACGUUUUUUUCUCUACUUCCUGAAACCACAUUGUGCAGUAGCAUUGUACGCAUUCGGCGGGAGAGUCGCCGUGAGUCGCUGUGAUGACUCUUCGUGCGCCCAUUGGCGGUAUCAAGUGUCAGUCAUAGAAAACAUGAACCCCUUAAAAAAAGAGGACUUGAGCCAGUCUUAAACAAAACAGUCUUGCAGUAUCUACAUGUCAACAUCGCAAGCAAGGGGAAAAAAAUAUAUAUUCUGUGGAAUAAAUUUCUAAAGUUUGUCCACAGCUCCAUAGGGAUUGCUGGAGGAGGCGGGAUUUAUGAUCUAUACUGCAGCCCGUCACCAGAGGGUGCUGUUCUUGGGGUGGAUUCACUCAGUGAGGAGGCAGACGGCAUCCAUUACCUCAUGUAGGGUUUGGACAGAAAGCAGACUGACAGCAAAUGCAAAAUGGAAUUCGGCGAAAAUGGAAAAAUAUCUGAAUAUUACUAAAGUGAGCUUGAUAUAGAAGAAUGUGAGUGAGAAAGUAAACUCCAAUAAAACAAGGAGAACAAAAGAUGAAAUCAAGAAAAAAACCCCACCUCAGAUCAACAGACUCCCUGCUGGGCUAAAGUUUGGUGCACAAACUACAAACAGUCUGCAGCUUUUAAAGAUGGAUUGGAGCAAACAAGGGGGUACUCAGCCUGCUGUUAAGCACACUGGGCAGCUGGGAGGCAAUGUACUUGGUCUGAAAAGUGCCACAAAUGCUUGGCAAAGAUGAGGAACAAAGAGAGGUGAGGUCUCCCCGUCCAACAGCAGAGUGGUGGGAAACUGUUAAGGAAGAAGAAGAGAGAGCCGGAGGAGACGAGUGUACUCGAAGGAGGGACGCACAUCCUGAAAAAGUAAAACUACUGUGAACAGAAAGUAGAAGGCAUAAAUUGUCUUUACACUACAGUGGCUGUUUCUAAAUUUAAAGAUUAUAGAAUGGAAAUUAGAAAAAUAUUCAUCUCAUGAGAAAUGACUUUGAUUUGGACUGAUGUGUCUCUUAAGUCUGUCUCGUUCUCGUCGCUUUAACAGCAGCCAUCUGUCCUCUACAGAUUGAGUAAUCUUGUUUAGACCACAGCUUGCUGUACUGUUGAGUUUUAUUGUUGCACACAAACUUGUAUCGAGUACUUGGACAAUCCAGACAUGAAUAAAACCCGUGUCAACAAAAACUGACCCUUUACGCCUUCAGAGUCAGGAUUUCUUGUUAGACAUCUGUAUUAGACCUAAUUAGUUAAAGCUAGGAGCGCCUACAGGUACACAGCUGACAUCCUCUAAUUUGUCUUUUUGUGAACGAUCAAAAUGAUGAUAGCAAGAUGUGGUCGAUGUAAUUCUAAAUUGCCACCCACUAGAUUAAAUUUGUGCUUUCAAAAGUGUUAAAAAGGAUAUGAAGUUGGGUUAAUGCCUCAGUCUGGUUUACUCCUAGUUGUGUUCACUCACUUUGUCCUUUUUGAUUAUUUGACAUAAAAUUUCAAUUUGCAUUCCCUCCAAGGAUUUUCUUUUCACUUAGCGCCUCACUGCAGAAAUUAAACUGUCAGAAACAGGUGGAGUUUAUAAGAUUUUAUUUUCUCUUUGCAUUAAUUCUUCCCUUUUAGUUUGCAGUUGAAUUUCAAAGCUGUGCCACAGACUGUGUGAUUGCUGUUACUCUCUCUCCUCCUUGCCUGAGGAUAAACUCUCUCCCGGUGGGGAUGUUCCCACUCUCCACCAGUGCCAGUCUCAGACAUGAUGCACUUCAGUCUACAUUAAUGCACUCCACUACCCGCAGGAAUUGAUGCACUCUGAUACCACACUGUUUUGCAUUGUGGGUAAAAGGGUCCCCUGCUGAGCUGUAACAUCGAUCUCUCCCCUGUGCUCACACUCCAGCUGUGUGUUAGUUUAAAGUGCUCUGUCAACACACAGUCUCUCUGCACACAUUUAGAUCAUUUCACACAGCACACCAGCCUUUAUUUAAUCCACAGCUUGGGUCCUGUCUCAGCUGAUGACCUUUAACUCCUCACGUUAUGGUGGUGACAUCUUUUAACUCUUAUCUCACUCUUCUUUUUCUUGUGUGUUCAAUAUGUGAAUUGUGUGUCGGUGUUUGUCUUCCCCAUAUCUCUUUUCAGCCACGCCCGGCUGCGCUGCAUGUGCACUUGUAACCGGUGCACCUUCUGCUUGUGUCAGAACUUCCUCAACUCUGAGCUGCUGCAGACGGUCAGGGCCAAACUCUACGCUGUUGUGCUCAGAAGGUCCUUUUUUCCAAACCUUUUACAACCAUCACUGUACCUUUUGAUCAUCGUUUGAGAUUUAUUUUCAUCAUUACCUCAUGCUUGCUCGCCUUUCAUUCCUUCUCAUUUUACCCCCUCUUUUAUCUUCUACAAAGUCGUGUUAUUUUUAGGCGUCAAUUUUUAAAAAUAGAGAAGAUACUAAAAAAGAAGAAGAGACCCUCCUUUUGUUGUAUUUUAUGGCAGCAUGUAAAAGUGCUUAGUUAGACACCAGCCAACAAUAUUUCCACAAUGUGACACCAUUUAAGAAAAAUGUCUUUUUUUCUGUUCUUCAUAGUUUCCUGCCACAUUUUCCUUUUCUUUUUCCAUGUUGUUUAAGUCCUUUCUUUAUAUUUAGUUGUAAGAUCUCUGCUUUUUUCACUUUUAAUCUCAGUCCUGUUUUAAAUCUGUGUUGUCAGCUUGUUCUUGUCGUCCAUGUCACUAUGUGUUGGUUAUUUCAUCUUACAGAGCAGUCCCACCUUGUUGUUUUUUGUGUUAUGGUAUAACUUAGGGCUGGGCGAUGAACCGAAAAUUUACCACUACCGAAAUUUAUUUCAAUAACCGACGUCUAUAUAAAUAAAAGUUGGUUUUGGGUGUGUGUAGGUAGGCUAUGGUCUCAUGUCCCUUUAAGACGCUGUCCUACGUCAGAGACAUGACUCCACCACAUUCAGUCCGUAACAAAGAGGGAAAGACAGUCGGAAAGAUGGAGGACGGUUCAAAGGUUGUAGCGACUGGUGCGGCGGCUGAAGUAGACAAAGUUAAUGUGGGAGGGGUUGAGCAGCUUGUGGAGUAGUUAUCGUCCAUUUAUCGUUAUCAAGGUGAACUGCUCAAUAUACUGUGAUAUUUAUUUAAGGCCACAUCGCUCAGCCCUAGUAUAACUGUAUUCCGCUCGAUCCUUUCCAGUUUUACUUUCUUUGCUUUGACAUCUCCUUUUUUUUUACGUCUCUAUAACUGAUCUGCUGUCAGUUAAUCCAUAAUUUUGACAUGUUGAUAUUUAUUUGCUCAUCACCCAUGCUUUCAUAUUUGCUUAAAACUUUUACAGUCAUACAUAAAAUUUGUUUCUGGUUCAGACCUUACACUCCAUUAUUCCUCACCUCAGGCAGAAUGAUGAGUUACUGAGCUGUGGAUCAGUCCACACAGACCCAGUUCUAAGGGGUCUGAUAUCUGUCUCUGUGUGUUUCACAGACAUGUGAGCCAAGCUGACCUAAGGAGCUCCACCUUCUGGCUGAAAGCGAGCGUCGGGGCCACGGUAUUUGCAGUUCUGGGUUUUGCCAUGUACAGAGUGCUGCUCAAACCACGAUGAUCCUCUGGCAACAGCCGUAACUUUUCCUUUCAGAAAAUGAAAAAAUGUGUUAAGAAUCUAUCAUGGUUUGUGGUUUAAGCCCCGCCCCCCACCUUUUUUUUCUUCAUAUGUUUUUAUUUUGCAUUUUCGUGCAUUUCAUCCUGUAGAUUUCUCUUCUUGGGAAUACAAGAGAAAUAUAUUUAAUUUUCUACCAAAAUUGCUAAUUUGCUCGAUGUGUUUGCAAGUAUUUGCAAAAAUAUGUCUAUAUUUAUACAUUAAAAAGAGUAAGCUGCUAACAAGCUGUGGUGCAUAACGUAAAAUAUAACAUAUUGUCUAUUAAAGUUAUUUUUUCUUUGCUUGCUGGUAGAAAAGAACUAUGUGCUGUUACAUAUACUGGGAAAUUAAUCUGCGCUUUAAUGCUAUUAUUAGCCUAAAUAUGUAAAUAGUGUAUAUAACAUAGAUACUUUAGAUUUAUUUGUCUUUGUCCCAAAUGGCCAUGCCUGAUACACACUCAAAACGUUAAACGCGGAGCUAUUGCUUCAGAAUCUGCUCAAUGAUUGGCACAAAUCUUAGUAUUGAUUACUUGCUCUGACAGCAUCUGGUUUGCCUUCUAAGGACAAAUGUUUGGACGCACACUUUUUGUGAAUAUGCAGAAGGGUCUGCUGCUCCCUACCAUGUCUUCCUGUGUCUGUAUCAGAUCCUCUGUGCGUACGUUGGUGUAUAUCUGUGUAACUCAGAUCUUUAAAUUCUACAUUUUUUUUCAGCUAUUUUGCACAUUUUGUGUUUGCAUGCUUUAGACCCUGACCACUUUCUAGUGCUUCAAUAAUGACUGUACAUAUAGUAAAAAAAAAAAGCCUCUCCACGCUGCUGUCCAGUUCCAAGUGAUUCAGGGAUAUCAUAAAGUUAAGAAGCGCUGACAAAAAGAUUACUGGGUCUUGAGUAAUGGAGAAGCUAGAUCGAUUUGUGGUUGUGAUCCUCUGUCAGCUCUCCUGAUUCCAGAAGAUGCAAUAAUGUGGCCCAAGGUAUUAAUUUCAGUACUAUUGCCACUGCUUGCCACAAGGUUAAGUUUUAUGUAACCAUUUAUCCCUGCCUUUCCAAACGUUUACAAUAAAAACUGUCUAAAAAAACUGCAA